CGCCUCUGUACGCCGGAGUUCGGAGUCGUCGGCUCCACUCUUGAGAUGUUGUCGAGGAAACUCUCCAGCGCCGUGUUCGCCUCCAAACACGGACUUGAACGGAGCAGAAAGUGAAGGGAAGGAGGCUGAAGGAGAAGAUGUAUCUAUGGCGGGUGUGCGUCGCCGUCGCGCUGGGUCUGGUCUGGUAUUUUUCCGACUGGGGUCGCACCGUGACACAGUACUUUCUGUGUUUCUUCUUCUGUCUCUCGACACCGCUGGUGGUCGGCCACUGUGGACGAGAGAGCAGCACCCAAACUGACGAGGAAACCUCGCUGAAGGAAACCGCAAACGACGAGUUGGAGCUGACCGGUGAGGCGGGAAGCUCGACAGCUGAACUCGAGCAGACUGACUAUCCUCAUGUGAAGAGAUCUCUGCAGCAGGUGUUCUCCUGUGCUUACGGCCAACUGGUGUCACCCUGGUACACAGUUCCCGAGCCAAGUGAGCAGCAACCCCUGCACCAAGUCCUCAGCAGGGAGUUUGACUUUGCCGUGGACCGGCUCAUCCACUACGGCAAAGACUUUGACGUCUGCCAGGCGGCCGUGGGCUCCAUUCGCAUUUUGACUCAGCAUUUGCACAAUAGCAAGCAGCAGGACAGAGAGCUUUUGUUCAGCUCCAAAGAAGAAGAGUUUGCUCUGCUCAGAGAGUUCUCAGAUGUUCUGGUGCGUAACAUCUUCCCUGAGCAUCUCUGGAGCCAAGGAGUCGUCGGCUGCGCUUUAAAUGAGAUCAUAGCCUUGAAGGGUGUCGGUCUGCUGGUGAAAUGGUUGUCUGACCCUGACAAUCUGAACCAGCUGGUGGUGAACCAGCUGGACGGCGUGAACCUGAAAGAUUUGGUGGAGGAGCAGAACGUGUCUGAUCCAGAGCAAACCUCACUGGCAUCACAGGAGGGCGAGGAAGAGGAGGAGGAAGAGGAGGGCAGCGAAGUGGUUCCGGAGGGAGCUGGGAUCUCAACCGGCGACACAGUCAAGCGCAAAAAGAAAGGCAAUAAAUUAAAAAAGGGAUGGUCAAAGUUUAAGGACAAGAUGAAGAGUAAGAAAGCCAAAAAGAAGAAGAUGAAAAAGAUCGAGCAGCAGCUGGUGUUGAGAAUCAUGACCUUUCAGGGCGACGAGGACGACGUCAGCAGUAGGGAGGGCUCCAUCUACAGCCAGGAGUCGGACAGGGAGGACAAUGAGGAUUUGGAGACCUAUCUGACGAGCGUCCAAGAGGACAUGUUGGAAUUCAAGCUGUCGUAUGAAAUGUGGCGCGUCGGUUGCUGGCGUGUCAGCAUCCCGCAUGCUGACUGGAUAAAUGAUGAGUUAGUAUUUACUGUCCACUUGGAGGAACCCAACAGCCCCGAAAACCUGCAGUGGGACAUCAGGAAGACGUACAUGGACGUCAUAUAUUUUCGAAAUGGCUGGCAGGACUCCACUGGUCUGCCUCCCAUUCUGGAGCUUGAUAAAUCAGAGGUUAGUGAUGAAAUCAUAGAAGAGGCCAGGGCGUCUGUGGAGCACUUCCUGCAGGCACUGAUAUCUGAUGAUGCAAAAGGCCACACUCAACCAGUGUUUCAGUUUCUCUGCCCGCUUGAAAAACUUCUGAAUGAAGAGGAGGACUACAGGGGCGUCUGGGGUCUCCUGAGUGGUCUGGCUUCUUUCCUCACCCCAGGUCAAGAGGAGGAAGAGUCAUGCCCACAGAGUGAAGUGCCAAAACAAAAUCCCUCGCUUCCACCCACCCCGACUCAGUCUUCUGCUCCCUCCACUCAAAAUGAAAAAGACCAUGACGUCCAGAUCCCGACUAUUGUAAUCACAGAAUUCGAGUGUGACCCGGACCCAUCUGAAAAUGAGCACUACGAAAAAGAAGCACUAUCAGAACCUUCCACUGAGAGCUGCUCCCAGGACGAUAAGCAGGAAGACUCAGACAAUCCUUUAGCUGCACACAUUAAAAUGAUUUUCAAAGGACUGACCCGGACCAAGUCUCAGGAGUCCCUGGUCUCAACUAAAAAUUCCGGAGAAGAGGACUUGCCUUCUUCUGCUCUCGCUUCAUCCUCCAGCCUCAAUGGUGGGAUUCAUGGGGAUAAUGCUGAGAGUUCACCGUGGCUUAGCUUCGCUACCAGGUCGAAUAAAAAGGAGAAAUUAAGUUUUCGGGUGUCAUCUGGGUCUCAGAAGAACAAAGGGAAGGAUCAUCCCAUUCUGCUUAAAGGAGGAGAUGCCAAGAAUCAGGCCAACUUGGAACAGCUGGAGACCACUAAAGCCAUUUUUGAUUUGCUGAAGGAAAUCUCAGGAAACUCCAUCCUCAUUAACAUAUUCGAUGCCAUUCUAAAACCCGUCAUGCCCAUUUUAAAGAAGAAAGUGAACUCAUUCCUAAAUAAAAUGAACCCGUCAGAGGAGCAGAUGGCGGUUUACAUCGACACCUUGCGUGGCAAACAGUGGCCUGAAACUCCUGCUGCGCCUGAUCCACCUCGCACCGAGGAGGAGAAGAACGAGACCAGGGAGCGAGCCAAUGAGCUCAUCACUUCCAGAUAUUCCAACAUUCUCGUCCUCAAGAAGACGGACAUGGAGGCGGUUUUUAAUCUGUUUCAAGACUGUGAAGAAAACAAAACACUUGUUUAUAUGCUUUUGUCAUUCCUCCUUCGGGAAUUCUUUCCACACGAACGUUCCUUAAAUGUGAGCAGUGCUGCCCUUCAAAGAGUGACCACCUCCUCAUCCUGAACUUUAUUUAUUAUUUUAAUGGAUACCUUAAGUGGAUUUUAAAUAUACCAUAUUAUUUAUGACAAUUAUUAAAUUUUUACUGUAUGAGACAGAAGCCUUUUGACCUUUUGCAAUGUGAAUUUUUACUUUGUAUUGUUGUAUAGUCUUUUAUUUUGCCUCUCUCCUUUCACUCAGGAAGUGUCAUUUGCUGAAACUGUUGUUCAACUCAGGAGCUAUGCUUUGUUUUGGUUUUUAUCGCAGUUUUAGUUUCACUUUUCACCUUUUCAUCUACCUAGUUAAGAAUUAUUUUGUCACUUGGAGCACUUCUGUGGGGUGAAAAGACUUUGUACACUCUUUGAGUUUCAUACAAUAGAAUACCUCACAAAUGUGACAAACUUAAACCUCUUGGGAUUUAUUCAAUAAAACGUUUUAUAAAAGCCUUUUCAAAGUCCCAUAUAUUCCCCUCAGACUGAAAGACGAAUGUUCUAAUCUGAUGCCAGCAUCUUAUUUGCUUUGAAGAAUAAUUUAUGAGAACUGUUAACAGCUUUAUCUUCCCAGAAUCAUUGUGUGAAUGAAGUGAGAAAUGUAUCCCAGGAGAACAUGUUUUUAAUGUUCAGUUGCUGACACACUUUUGCCUACUAUGUCCUGAGUAGCCAUGAACAAACAUAUUAGGUAGCUCGAAACUGAAGGACGUGCAAUUGG